GGAGGAGGAGGCCGGGGAGAAGAUGCUGCGGGAGAACGGCGGGGGCGGGGCUCCGGAGGCGGUGGAGCUGCAGCGGAACAUCACCUUGAUGAACGGGGUGGCCAUCAUCGUGGGGACCAUCAUCGGCUCCGGGAUCUUCGUCACCCCCACCGGGGUCCUCCGGGAGGCGGGUUCCCCCGGGCUCUCCCUCAUCGUGUGGGCCGUGUGCGGUCUCUUCUCCAUAGUGGGGGCGCUGUGCUACGCGGAGCUGGGCACUACCAUCUCCAAAUCCGGGGGGGGGACUACGCCUAUGUGCUGGAGGUGUACGGGGCCCUGCCCGCCUUCCUCAAACUCUGGGUGGAGCUGCUGAUCAUCCGACCCUCGUCCCAGUACAUCGUGGCCCUGGUCUUCGCCACCUACCUGCUCAAACCCGUCUUCCCCAGCUGCCCCGUGCCCGACGACGCCGCCAAGCUGGUGGCCUGCCUGUGUGUCUUGCUGCUGACCGCCAUCAACUGCUACAGUGUUAAAGCGGCGACACGUGUCCAGGACGCAUUUGCUGCGGCAAAGCUGUUGGCUCUUUGUCUGAUCAUCAUUCUGGGCUUUGUACAGUUGGGUAGAGUUUACUCUGCAGGAGAUGUCUCCACUCUGAGCCCUGAACACUCCUUCGAUAACACCAGUAAUGAUGUCGGCAAAUGGGUCCUGGCAUUAUACAGCGGGCUGUUUGCAUAUGGCGGAUGGAAUUACUUGAACUUUGUAACUGAAGAAAUGAUAGAACCUUACAAAAACCUACCUCGCGCCAUCAUUAUUUCUCUGCCUAUCGUAACAUUGGUGUAUGUCCUCACCAACCUGGCCUACUUCACCACACUUACACCGGAGCAGAUGCUGACUUCCGAGGCUGUGGCCGUGGAUUUUGGAAAUUACCACUUGGGUGUCAUGGCCUGGAUCAUCCCCGUCUUUGUGGGGCUUUCGUGUUUUGGAUCAGUCAACGGGUCCCUCUUUACCUCUUCCAGACUGUUCUUCGUGGGAGCCAGAGAAGGUCACCUACCAUCUCUCCUGGCGAUGAUCCAUCCGCGACUGCUGACCCCUGUGCCAUCUCUCAUCUUCACAUGUGCUAUGACGCUCCUCUACGCCUUUUCCAACGACAUUUUCUCAGUCAUCAAUUUCUUCAGCUUCUUCAACUGGCUGUGCGUAGCUUUGGCGAUCAUCGGCAUGAUGUGGCUCCGGUACAAGAAACCGGAAUUGGAGAGACCAAUCAAGGUUAAUGUGACUCUCCCGAUCUUCUUCAUCUUGGCCUGUAUAUUCCUGAUUGUUGUGUCGUUCUAUAUGACGCCGAAGGAAUGCGGGAUCGGCUUCAUCAUCAUCUUAUCGGGGGUCCCUGUGUAUUAUUUUGGGGUCUGGUGGCAGAAUAAGCCGUCGUGGAUCCAGCAGAGUAUAUAUUCCAGCACUGCUGUAUUGCAGAAGGUAUUGGAGGUUGUACCUCAAGAGUCCUAA